AUGUUAGAGACCCAAGUUGCCCAAUUAGCUACUUCUUGUCCUAGAAAUUCCGGAUCUUUGCCUAGCCAAGGAGUGCCACCUAAAGACCAAUGCAAUGCCAUAGUUACUAGGAGUGGAAAACAACUUGGGGAGGUGGUGGAUACAAGAGUUGAGAAAGAGCAUGAAGUUGAAAUUGAAAAUGAAAAAGCCAUUGAUAUUGAGGAUGAUACAAGCCCCAAGGCUAGUGAAAAGGGCAAGAGAUUAGAAGAGAACCUUAGGAUUGUUGAGGAAGCCAAGAGUACACCUCCACCUUACACACCUAAGCUUCCCUUUCCCUCUAGGUUUGCCGGUGCAAAACUUGAUGAUCAAUUUGCCAAGUUCCUUGAUGUCUUGAAGAAGCUCUACAUUAACAUCCCUUUCACCGAAGCCAUUAAGCAAAUGCCUACCUAUGCCAAGUUUUUGAAAGAUGUUUUGAGCAAAAAGAGGGCCUUAGAUUGUGUGGAAACCAUUAAUCUCACGGAGAAUUGUAGUGCAAUCAUCCAAAAUAAGUUACCCACCAAGCUUAAGGACCCCGGAACCUUCUCCAUCCCUUGUGCCAUGGGAGACAUGGUUAUUGACAAGGCUUUGUGUGAUUUAGGUGCUAGUGUGAGUCUUAUGCCCUACUCGGUUUGCAAGAGAUUGAACCUAGGAGACCUUAAACCUACUCACAUCUCCCUUCAAUUGGCCGAUAGACCGGUGAAAAUGCCUAUUGGAAAGCUUGAAGAUGUCCCUCUUAGGGUUGGGAAGUUCUAUAUUCCAGUUGACUUUGUUGUCUUAGAAAUGGAAGAAGACCCUAAUGUACCAAUAAUUUUGGGUAGACCAUUUCUAGCUACGGCGGGGGCUAUCAUUGAUGUGAAAAAUGGCAAGCUAACUUUUGAGGUAGGUGAUGAACAUGUAGCUUUUAGCUUCACUUAAAUUAU